AUGACACAGGCACCCCUUGGAAACAGCAGCAGCGUUUCUUCUGCCUUCCUGUUGAGCGGCAUUCCUGGGCUGGAGCACUUACACAUCUGGAUCUCCAUUCCUCUGUGCUUCAUGUACCUGGUUUCAAUCCUGGGAAACUGCAUGAUUCUCUUUAUCAUUAAAACGGAGCCCUCGCUCCACGAGCCCAUGUACCUCUUCCUGUCCAUGCUGGCUUUGACUGACCUAGGUCUCUCCCUUUGUACCCUUCCAACAGUGCUAGGCAUUUUUUGGAUAGGGAUGCGAGAGAUUGGCCAUGAUGCCUGUUUUGCGCAGCUCUUUUUCAUUCACUGCUUAUCCUUUCUAGAGUCCUCUGUGCUACUGUCAAUGGCCUUUGACCGCUUUGUGGCCAUUUGCCGUCCCUUACAUUAUGCAUCCAUCCUUACCAACACAGCCAUUGGCAGGAUUGGCCUGGCUUCCCUGGGCCGCAGUGUAGCGCUCAUUUUCCCAUUGCCCUUUAUGCUCAAGAGAUUCCCUUAUUGUGGUUCCUCAGUCCUCUCACACUCCUAUUGUCUCCACCAGGAAGUAAUGAAGUUAGCCUGUGCAGACAUCAAGGCCAACAGCAUAUAUGGGAUGUUUGUCAUUGUUUCAACAGUAGGUGUAGACUCAUUGCUUAUACUUUUCUCCUACGCCCUCAUCCUGCGCACUGUGAUGUCUAUCGCUUCCAGAGCUGAGAGACUGAAAGCUCUGAACACCUGUGUCUCCCACAUCUGUGCUGUGUUGCUCUUUUACACUCCAAUGAUUGGCUUGUCUGUCAUCCACCGCUUUGGGAAGCAGGCACCCCAUUUGGUCCAAGUGAUCAUGGGCUUUGUGUAUCUUCUAGUUCCACCCCUGAUGAAUCCCAUUGUUUACAGUGUGAAGACCAAACAGAUACGAGAUCGGGUCACCCGUGCCUUUUGUUAG